UGUACGUAAUGACGUAACACGCCCAAAGAACAAACCGACGCAUGAUCCGAGAGAAAGAGGCGCCGGCGGAAAAGAGGAAAUGGCUGUGAACGUAUAUUCCACCUCAGUGACUAGCGACAACCUGAGUCGCCAUGAUAUGCUCGCAUGGAUCAAUGAGUCUCUACAGAUGAACUUCACUAAGAUCGAGCUUUUAUGUUCAGGUGCAGCCUACUGCCAGUUCAUGGACAUGCUGUUCCCAGGCUGCAUACCUCUGAAGAAAGUUAAAUUUGGUGCAAAGUUAGAGCAUGAAUACAUACACAAUUUUAAGAUAUUACAGGCUGCCUUCAAAAGGAUGGGAGUUGACAAAAUUAUCCCCGUUGACAAAUUGGUGAAGGGCAAAUUUCAAGACAAUUUUGAAUUCGUUCAGUGGUUUAAGAAGUUUUUUGAUGCCAACUAUGAUGGAAAAGACUAUGAUCCAGUGGAGGCUCGACAGGGCCAGGACACCAUGCCUGUACCCAACCCCUCCAUGCCUGCCCUCAGCAAGCCCAAGAAGAUUAUGAAUGCAGCACCACAGAGAGCAGCCGUUGCCAAGGUAACACCCAAGAUGGUGCCUAGCUCUGCGCGGAGACCUGGUGCAGGUGGCGAUGAAGAAAGGGCAGAGCUUAUUCACGAGUUAAAUAUGUUAAAGUCUACGAUCCAGGACAUGGAGAAGGAGCGGGACUUUUACUUUGGUAAACUGAGGAACAUUGAGCUGAUCUGUCAAGAGAAGGAUGGUGAAGGAGACCCCACCCUGCAGAGGAUUGUGGAUAUUCUUUAUGCCACAGACGAGGGAUUUGUCAUACCAGACGCUGAGUCAGAGGACCAGGAGGAGUUCUAAUACUCGUGACUUGUUGCAGUUUUACCCUCCUCUCACUCUCUCCAUUCCCGUCCUCUCUAGUCACUCACCUCCCACCUUCCCAUCCACACACCCCGUUACGCAUUUGGACUAUUCCGAACUAAAUCCAUAUCGAAUCCCAUCGCAUCUGCUAAAGCAUGCAUAGACACACAUCAUGUUGAAAGAACAGUUUUAAUGCCCUCAGACCUCUGGCUGCCACAAUACUCCCGUUUCGCUCCGAGGAAGAGUGCGUUUCCUGUCUGUAAGAUACAAUCUAAUAUUGUUUUCCUCUUUUAGCAACUUCAGACACCUGCAAAUGUAUUUAUCUUAUUUUAAAUGUCUCUGAAACGUCUGUAGUGUUUUAUUGGUGGCGUCUCCUCCCUCACUGCUGUGAUGCAUAUCUGUGACCAUGUCUCAUUCAGGACCCGUACCUUACUGACACAAAACGACAAAACGUGCGUUAGUUCAUUGCAAAAACCUUCUCACUUCUCACUAGGUUCCACUCAUAGUUUUUGGUGCUUGCUUUAGCGUAAGGCAGAUAGCAGUCACCAGCGCUCCAGUCUAUCCUCAGUGACUGUGCCUUAUACAGACUGUCUGGAGGGAGUGGACUCAGUCUGAUGUUUGUCUUUUCUUUGUUUCAUGGAUGUAGUGACGUGUGUAUUAACACUCAGUCGUGCGCUUUGGUCUACGAGACGCUAGUGUACUGUAGCGCCACAGUUGCACGAGUAAAAAUAUUUUAUUGCGUUCGUUUUAAAGAAUUAUCCCAGCCACUACAUUGGUGGACUCAAGGACAAAUUUUGAGUUGACAAGACAAACACUGCCCGUUUUCUACCUGUUUUUACUGCCUUAUAUUUAAUGCUUUUUUCUAUUCUUUAUUCGCUCUCUCUUUUGGCAAAUGUUUGUAAUUCAAGCGUUUUAUUUUUUUUCUUUUAAUUAUUAUUUGUAGAAAUUGCAGCAGCAGAAUAUUGAUUAUUUCAGACCACACAAGAUAAUCCAUGAAAUCCUUUGAGCUAUUUUAAAAGAUUGCACUCUUUCAAGACCAGUCCCGAAAUAACCAUGUCAGGCUGAUGAUACAAAUGCAAAAAAAACACUAAAAAUAUUAACUAAAUGAGGCUCACUCAUUUUCUAAAAAUAAAAAACAAAAACAGCUUUCUGGUUUUGAUCUUUGAGUUGCUUCUUCUAAGCAAUGAUCUCUUCACUUCAUUUGUUGUUUUUGGAGAUUCACGAUGAUUAUGAUCACUGUGCGAACUGACUUUCUUUGUGUAGUUUCAUUGUUUUCAUGUGCACGGGUCAUUCUCGGUCGAUAUGAAUUUUUCUCGGUGUGUAGUUCUCAAUGUUGCAUUUUACAUCAGUAGCACACGCAAAGCCGGCAAACAGUUUUUAUUGGUGCUAUGAAAUACCUUGACCCUUGAGAACUUGCCUGUUUGUGCUAGAAAAGCCUCUGCUGGUUCUUUUGGUUUAUUGGAUUAGAAAUGUUGCUGCAGUUGGGUGGAUAUAACAGCGUUCGUUAUGUCCGUUUUAAAUAGGAGACGAUAGGAAUACAAGUGACACUCACAUUUCUGAGCUUGCGUUUCGACAAAUAUCUCAUUGUAAUUUCAUAAUCCGAAUGGCUAAAUAGUGGUGGAUGCAAGUAAAAAUGUGGAAGUUGUUUGGAAGCAGGUAAUGUCUGUGAAAUGCAGUGAUUCACCCUUCCCUCCUUUCUUUCAAUGCUCUGUGGCCUUUAAGAACAAUCUGUAGCAAAGGUACAUAGUGGGGCCCGCACCACGACCAAACUGUCUCUCUCCCUGUUUUUGUACUUGCAGGCUGUUAAGAGUUCCACAUUUUUAACUGAAGUCCAUUUCUUACAAUAAAACGGUAUUUACAUGUC